UCCCCGUCUCCCCCUUUCCUCCUUUCCCCCUCUUCCCAUCUCCCCUUCUCUCUCUCAGGCUCUUCUGCUUUCCUCCUCUGCUUUUAAUGAAUCUCCAAGAGCCACCACAUCUCUGGUAGUUUUACAAAACUGUCCUUGCUCUUCCUGCAUUUGCCCAGUCAAGGGUAUUUUUGCCUGAGGUCGGAAUGAUGCUGUUAGUCCUGGUGAUAUGAUUGCAUAGCAACACAGAGCAGCUCUGAGAGGGGAGGAGGAGGAGAAGGAGAAGGAAGACAGGGAGGUGGGAGAGACAGAGGGAGAGUGUGCAUACAGCAGCUGUCGGCAUCCCUGUCUCAGGGACUUCUUUGCUGAUUCACAGAGGCAGCCCAGCCCCGGCUGCCUUACAGCUGCCGCCUGCUUCUUAGACCGGACGGAAUCAGAAGUAACCACUAUCCUGGAGUUGGUGUUUAUUAUUCCCAGGUGCUUAAUGAUCAAUAGUUGUUGCACUGCCUAUCCUCACCCCCCCAUGAGCCUUGGUUUUUAUGCAACCUAUGGUCAUGCAGGGAUGCCCUUACACCCUUCCACGAUGUCAUGAUUGGCAGGCAGCUGACCAGUUCCGUCAUAGCAGCAGCCUCCGAAGUACCUGCCCCCAGCCUCAGGUUAGAGCUGCUGUCACCAGCCCUGCACCUCCUCAGGAUGGUGCUGGGGUUCCCUGCCUAAGCCUAAAGCUGUUGAACGGGUCUGUUGGUGCCUCUGGACCCCUGGAACCACCAGCCAUGAAUCUGUGUUGGAAUGAAAUAAAAAAGAAGUCUCACAACCUCCGCGCUCGCCUAGAGGCCUUCUCAGACCACAGUGGAAAGCUUCAGCUCCCUCUUCAAGAGAUUAUUGACUGGCUCAGCCAAAAGGAUGAGGAGUUGUCAGCUCAGCUGCCCCUACAAGGAGAUGUGGCCCUGGUGCAACAGGAGAAGGAGACACAUGCGGCCUUUAUGGAAGAAGUCAAGUCUCGGGGCCCGUACAUUUAUUCUGUUUUGGAGUCAGCUCAGGCCUUCCUGUCCCAACACCCAUUUGAGGAAUUAGAGGAGCCUCAUUCUGAGAGCAAAGAUACCUCCCCUAAACAGCGGAUCCAGAAUCUCAGCCGCUUUGUGUGGAAGCAGGCGACGGUGGCCAGUGAACUAUGGGAGAAGCUGACAGCCCGCUGUGUGGACCAGCACCGUCACAUUGAGCGCACUCUGGAGCAGCUCUUGGAGAUCCAAGGGGCAAUGGAGGAACUAAGCACUACUCUGACCCAAGCUGAGGGAGUCCGAACCACUUGGGAGCCCAUUGGGGAUCUCUUCAUUGAUUCACUCCCAGAGCACAUCCAGGCUCUUAAGCUAUUCAAAGAAGAAUUCUCCCCCAUGAAAGAUGGAGUAAAGUUGGUGAAUGAUCUGGCCCACCAACUGGCCAUUUCUGAUGUGCACUUGUCAAUGGAGAAUUCCCAGGCCCUGGAACAGAUCAACGUCCGAUGGAAACAACUACAGGCAUCAGUUAGUGAGAGGCUUAAGCAGCUCCAGGAUGCCCAUCGGGACUUUGGGCCUGGGUCACAGCACUUUCUCUCCUCCUCUGUCCAGGUUCCCUGGGAAAGAGCAAUUUCACCCAAUAAAGUUCCCUACUACAUCAACCACCAGGCUCAGACCACAUGCUGGGACCAUCCCAAGAUGACAGAGUUAUACCAAACCCUAGCCGAUCUGAACAACAUUAAGUUCUCAGCUUAUCGCACUGCCAUGAAGCUCCGCAGAGUCCAGAAAGCCCUGCGCUUGGACCUAGUAACUUUAACCACAGCCCUGGAAAUCUUCAGUGAGCAUGAUCUGCAGGCCAGUGAGCACGUGAUGGAUGUGGUGGAGGUCAUUCACUGCCUGACUGCUUUAUAUGAGCGGCUGGAGGAAGAAAGAGGCAUCCUGGUUAAUGUGCCACUCUGUGUGGAUAUGAGCCUCAAUUGGCUCCUCAAUGUUUUUGAUAGUGGUCGCAGCGGAAAGAUGCGGGCAUUGUCUUUUAAGACUGGCAUUGCAUGCUUGUGUGGCACAGAAGUGAAGGAAAAACUUCAGUACCUCUUCAGCCAAGUGGCCAACUCAGGCAGCCAGUGUGACCAGCGCCAUCUCGGUGUCUUGCUUCAUGAGGCCAUUCAGGUGCCCCGUCAGCUGGGUGAAGUGGCAGCCUUUGGGGGCAGCAACGUGGAGCCCAGUGUCCGUAGUUGCUUCCGUUUUAGCACUGGGAAGCCAGUCAUUGAAGCAUCCCAGUUCCUGGAGUGGGUCAACUUGGAGCCCCAGUCUAUGGUGUGGCUGGCUGUUCUGCAUCGGGUCACCAUUGCUGAGCAAGUGAAGCAUCAGACCAAGUGCUCUAUCUGUAGGCAGUGCCCCAUCAAGGGGUUCAGAUACCGGAGUCUGAAACAGUUCAACGUCGACAUCUGCCAGACCUGCUUCUUGACAGGCAGGGCCAGCAAAGGCAAUAAGCUGCACUACCCCAUCAUGGAGUAUUAUACGCCGACCACAUCUAGUGAGAACAUGAGGGACUUUGCCACAACGUUAAAGAACAAAUUUCGCUCCAAGCAUUAUUUCAGCAAACACCCUCAGCGAGGUUAUCUGCCUGUACAAUCAGUGUUGGAGGCUGACUACAGCGAGACGCCGGCUUCUUCCCCAAUGUUGCCACACGCUGACACACACUCCCGAAUUGAGCAUUUUGCCAGCAGGCUUGCUGAGAUGGAAAGUCAAAAUUGCUCCUUCUUUAAUGACAGCCUGUCCCCAGAUGACAGCAUAGACGAGGACCAGUACCUGCUGCGGCACUCCAGCCCCAUCACAGACCGGGAGCCAGCCUUUGGACAGCAGGCUCCAUGCAGCGUGGCCACAGAAAGCAAGGGGGAGCUGGAAAAGAUCCUGGCCCACUUGGAAGAUGAGAAUCGGAUUCUCCAGGGAGAGCUGAGGCGCCUGAAAUGGCAGCAUGAGGAGGCUGCUGAGGCACCCACUCUGGCUGAGGGCUCCGCUGAGGCAGCACCAGACCACCACAAUGAGGAGCUUCUGGCUGAGGCCCGGAUCCUUCGGCAACACAAGAGCCACCUGGAGACCCGGAUGCAGAUCCUCGAAGACCACAACAAGCAGCUAGAGUCCCAGCUGCAGCGCCUGAGGGAGCUGCUCCUGCAGCCACCCACCGAAUCAGAUGGCAGUGGCUCUGCAGGCUCGUCCCUAGCUUCCUCUCCACAGCAGUCAGAAGGCAGUCACCCCCGAGAGAAGGGACAGACUACUCCAGACACCGAGGCUGCAGAUGAUGUGGGGUCAAAGAGCCAGGAUGUCAGCCUGUGCUUGGAGGACAUCAUGGAGAAGCUCCGUCAUGCCUUCCCCAGUGUGCGAAGUUCUGAUGUGACUGCCAACACCCUGCUGGCCUCUUGAUGGAGCCAGAUCCCCAUCCUAUAGUUCAUAGUCCUUUCCUGGUUCCGGUCAAAGCCUUUCCUCAGCCUUCACCCAACCUUUCCAGUUUCCACUGGCGCCACAUUCCUCAACUAGUAUUAUUUGGGCUCUGGGUGGCAGCGGGGACCUGGUGGUAUGUGAGGUGGGUUCAGAUAGUGAUGUGGGAAGGGGAGGCAUGAGUCCUCUGACUCUAGAAAUGUUCCCUUUAAUCUUCAAGUUUGAGGUCAGUCAUUUACGUACCUUUCUGUUGCAGCCCAGGCAAAUAUCACUUGGUCAUUAAGAUGGGGAGCAAAGAAGCUGCCUUGCAGAGCUAAGCGGUACCCAUUGGCCCCUCUCCCUUCUUCCUGGAAUUAUGGAGAGAGAGAAGCCUAAUUAUCCCAAGAUUCCAGCAUUAUGAAUCCACAGGAGUUACCCCUACUCUCUGGAGCAAUUCAUGGAGGCAAAAGGGUAUCCCCAAGACACCUUCCGCACCCCAAGCACCCCUGAAAAAGUCUGGGCAGUGUGUGUUCUAUUACUUCAGCUCCAGGACAGAUCUCUAGCCAUCCUAAUGUUACCUAGGUAUUGGUUUCUCUUCAAAUAUCAUAAUUUUCUUUAGUCUCAGUCCCUGACAGACCUUCUUUAAGGGGAGAACAGUUCAUUCUGGUUCUUCCACAUUAUAUUUGGAAGCAUUAUAGAUAUACUUGUGGGUUUAGAUUUUUUUUUUUUUUUUUGCCCCACAUCUUCCUAUUUCUUAAAGGCCUCAGCAUUUUGAGAGACCCACUGAGUUCCUCUGGAAACCCGGCUGAAGCCACCCUUUGCUCCUCUGAGUCUGUCCUCACAGACCUGGGGGCACAGUGGCAGCUUGCUCAGCAAGGGAACCUUGCUCUCCUUGGGUGAGGAAGAGGAAGCCCACCUCUAGUCUGGAGUCGUAUGACUGCCGCCCAAUACCCUUCCAGGCUGUGACCCUUCUAGCUCUCAGGCUGAAUCAGAUGAGGUGGCUGAUUGCCACCAACUAAUCAUAAGGCAUUUGCAACUGGUCACCCUGAGUAGUGGUCCCUCCAUAGGAGCCACAGGCCACAAAUCAGGAAGGUGGCCAUUUUCCACCCAGACAACAGCAAGGCCUUCCUGUGCCUAAAAUUGUUCUUUCUAACUCUGGAAGGUGAAUUCAAUCCUCAAACUGAACUAACUCUUCUUAGGCAGCAUUUACCAUGAUCUCUUUAUCCAGAAACUGUUCAGAAUAGAUAGUAGGGGUGGGGGAGUGGGCUUGGGAAUGUUGAAGUGAUUCAGAGCCUACUUAGGCAGCUUUCUACCAAGAGGAGCUUUAUAACCUAGAGCCCUGUAGUUGACUUCAUUUGCCUAAGUUUACAUACAUACAUAUCUAUUCUACAUAUCUACUGUACAUCAGUGCUCUCCUGGCCUCACUCACACAUUAAAUUCUAAUACCUCUUGAUGUAUUAA